UCUUUCUUUCCUUCUUUCUUCUUUUCUUGAACCAUUUGACCUUUUUUUUCUCACUUUAGUUUGAUUUCCUCUUAUUCUUUCUAUUACUCUAGUUGGCAUAACAGCAUCAUUUGCACUUGAUCCUUCAAUCCCUAUUUUCUCCACUUGUACACUUUGCUCUCUCCGCUUCAGUCCUUCAUUCCUAGUCAGAAUUUCACACAGAUACAAAUUUUCAUCAUGGCAAAUCAGGAAAUAAUGGUGCCACCAAAUAAUGCUCCCUGGCCUGGGCUUCAGACCUCCACUCAGUCCCACUCUCACUCCUCACGCUCGAGUCAUAGCACCUCCACUUCAUCAGGCCUGAGCACACAUCCUAGCUACAGCCAUUCACAUCCUCCAUCUCCACAUUCGUCCGCCUAUCCGCCCCCACAUUAUUACCAUCAUCCUGGACACCCUCCACCUCCAUCCUCCCAUCAACAACCACCCUAUUACCCAUACCAUCCAUAUGCUGCAGCACCUUAUCCCCCUUAUCCAUCACAUCCCCCAGCCCAUCUCGCAUACCAUCAUGCUCCUUAUCCAUCAUCAACUCACCUUCAACCCCCUGCUCCUCAUGAUACCAUCUCAGCAAGUCCAUCCGUGCCAACCUCACCAUCUGCUCAGUCUUCAUCCACUUUUGAUCCGGCCACUGACGUAUCCUCAGCAGCACAAAAGUCAACAGCAAAGCCUAGCCAGUCAAAGUCCACACCAUCAAAGGCUAAGGAUGGCAAAGCUGCAACCGCACCAUCUGAUAGCAAGACUACAUCCACAUCCUCAUCAAAGUCAUCAACUGCUCCAAAGACCUUUCGAUUUGAAGGAAGUAUCUCUUCCGAGACAUACAAUACCACAAAAUCUUUUGGCCUUGCAGGUGUCAAUAUCUUGAACCGUAAGCCGCUCGAUACCCGAACUGCAUUAGACAAACUGCAGCGGCGGAGAGAGACCCAUAACCGUGUCGAACGUAAAAGGCGCGAUUGCAUCAAUCAGUUGAUUGACGAUCUUACCCGAUUGCUUCCUCCAAAGCACCUCGAGGAGGUCACUUCAAAAUGUCAUCGCGUCAAUGUCCUGCGUGGAGCUGUGGCACACAUCAAGUUCCUGACUGAGACUAACACUGCGCUUACCCGGUCUCUUGAUGCUGCAAAGGAACAAGGCUUUUCUAUUCCUGAAGUAUCAGUUACAGUAGGAGCUGAGACUAGCACAGGUGCAACUGCUACUACAACAACAACGGCGACAACAACAGAGGGGGAGAGCAUGUCUAUGGAUGUGGAUACGGCCGAGUCGGUCAAGCAGGAAGAAAACGAUGAGAUUGAGGAGGGUCAGCUCACACAUGCGGAGAGAGCUUCCUCCAGAUCCUCAUCGUUCUCAGCCAUGUCUUCCGUCUCGCGCUCACAGUCACCAAGACUUACACCUGCCAAGGUUAUGGCCAAUCCACCCGUGAUCGUCACCAACGCUCCCAGUCCAUCCUCAGAUAAAGUAUCCUCUACCCAGUCCAAAGAUACACUUAUGCCUCCACCUAUUUCCAUCAUCACUGCCCCUUCAGAACAUAAUGGCACACAGUCCUAUCAUCAACGCUCCAAUUCUCUGACUGAUUGUGCUAGCCCUGCAAGCUCGUUCUCUACAUCGCCCAUGUUCCCGCCCUCAAAAUAUAUUGGCUCGAAUGGCUCCUCAUCUGCUUUCCCUCCUUCGCCAGUAUCUCCUUCUCCCUCCACACGCCAGAAUCCCUUUUCUCAGGGGACAAGCUCCGAGAACUCUUCCAGCAAAGACAAGAAUCAACUAUCUCCUUUCAUGCAGCACCGUUCUGCAUCGCCUUCGCCUUCGUUGCCUCCCAUCACCUCACUAGCCAGCCUACAGCUCCAGUCGCCAUCUGGACCAACAGGUCAAUCCACCUCAAGCAAUGAUCUCGCUGCUGAACAUCGGAGCCCUCCAUCUUCUGCUAACGGGUCCUCUAAUAGUAAAUUUGGAGCUCAUCGUUCUGGUUCAACUUUGCCGCCGCUCAAGAUCCCUUCUCAGCAGCACCUCCAUCCUUCUUAUAACCAAGCAAAUAGUAACAGCAGCAGUAGUGAAGCAGGCAAGAGCAAUGGCCAUCGCAAUAGCCAAACUUUGUCACCCCACCAUCAAAGGUCCGGAGAUGAACCAGGUCCUAUUUCACCAUUUAUGCUCUCACCCAUGAUGCCCCGUUCGCCCUCAGUGACUUCGCCUCCCUCUGGACCCUCGCCCGCUACCUCGCCUUAUCCUCACUGGGGACAUGAGGUUCCAGAUGGACCACCCCCACCCCCACCUCAUCCUAAUCACUACAUGCCUGGACAUGGUUACCCUCAUGGAUACCCUUAUCCAUAUCCAUAUCACCCCUCGUACGGAUACCCUCCUCACCCCCAUGCUCCUCCCCCAUCUCAUCAUCCUCAUCAUCAGCAUGGAUACCCACCUCAUCCAUCUCAGCAACCCACUUCAUUGCAACCUACUGCCCCUGCGCGUCCACCUCAGCCUGAGCCGAUCUUCAUCCAGGAAGAACCUUGGAUUGUACAAAGGAAGCGAAACACAGCGAAUGGAUCAAACAAGAGCCAAUCUGCAUCAAAGCAACAGGGUAGCAAGAAGGUCCAAGAGAAGGAGAUGGAUCGAUCUGCAGCAACGAAUCCAGCAGAGGAAAUGCCUGCUUCACCUUCGUCAUCCGUGACAUCUAGCAUGUCUUAUCCUGCUAGUCCAAACCACCGUAAGCGUUCCUCAUCAUACAAAGGCACUUUUGAGGAUGAAGAGAGUGCAGCCACCAAGGCUUUAUUAAACUCACCCAAGCGUGCCAAGCAGCAGCAGGAGAAGAUGUUGGGAGCUGAAUUACAAAAUGCUAAAGGUGAAUCACGUCAUCGGGACAGUGGUAUUGUAGUUGUGGUAGUUGAUACAGCUAGUAACGAUAACGAGCCAAAGGUUGAUCUUUCGGGUCCUGAAAAGUCGGUUGAGGAUGUAGACAUGUUGAAUAUUCGGGCCAAGCAAUCUGAGGAUGAUACAGAUGCUGCUCAAGCACUCACUUCCUUGGCAAAUAACGCUUAAACCAC